GGGGAAAAGGCGAAUCGUGUUUGUUGUGGAUCGGAGGGAGGCGACAGACUGAAGACGAGGCGGUGAUGUCACACAGACCCCGGGGCAGUCUCCGGGGCAGUUACCAUGGAGACGGACGCCGACAGAAACAGUGAUGUCAGCGGCCCUGAACCUGAGCCGCCGGCGGCCGCUCCCCCCCCUCCUCCCCCUUCCGAUGCUUGGGUGACAUCACAGCUGCUGGCUCCGCCCCCAGCGGCGUGUCACAGUCAGCUGAUCAUCGUGGAGCAGCGAGGUCAGGCGCCGCCCGCUGACCGCCAUGUGGUGAUCGUGACGGGCCAAUCAGAAGGCAGAGAAGUGUUUGUCAUCCCGUCCAAUCAGCUGGCUGUGAUCUCCCGGAGCCCGACAGGUCCUGUUGAUCCUGACUGCAGCAGCCAACCUCCCAGAGAACAGCCGGCAGCCGGCAGCAGUCUGGAUGUUUCUGCUCAGAUGAAGCCUGUCGCUAGCCUUCCCAGCUGGGCUGUGAGACUCCGUAAUGUUCAGAAGUUGGGCGAUUCGUUCCGGGGCUUCUGCAGCUCCGAGGCCGAGCUGGAGGCCAUCUUGUGUCUCCAUAAGCAGCAGACCGGCUGUGUCUUCGGGACGCGCCAGUCUCCGUCUGUGGACAAACCAGCCACCAGGUUAAUGUGGAAGUCUCAGUAUGUCCCCUACGAUGGCAUCCCCUUCAUCAACACAGGCAGCAGAGCCAUCGUGAUGGAGUGUCAGUUCGGACCUCGGAGGAAAGGCCUGCAGCCCCCCCACAGCUCUGAACUCUCUGCACACGGACCCUACAGGGCCACCUGUCCCGCCAGGAUCUACAUUAAGAAGGUGCGUAAGUUCCCAGAGUUCAGAGUUCCUGUGGAGCCGUCGGCCGACAGGAAGACGGUGAGACAGGAGCAGGAGAAAUCCUUCCAGGGUCUGAAGACCCAGAACCAGAACCUGGAGACAGGAGGAGUCCUCAGGUUUUACCUGCAGCUGCCCACAGAGAGAGCUCACCUGUACCACACCGUGGACACGCCCCCCCUCCCCCCGCUGCCCCCGGACCUGCCCCCCCCUCUGCCCACACAGCCAGAGGAAGAGGAGGAGGAAGAGGAGGAAGAGCAGGACGGAGCGGUCCCGUCUCGUCUCCACCCUAGGGUGGCGGAGAAGAUCAGACAGCUGGUGGCCGCCGGACAUCAUCAGGUCUACAGCGUCCGCAAACAGCUCAGGCGUUUUGUGGAGAAGGAGCUGUUUAAAUGUGACGGUCUUCCAGAGAGACACAACCUCAGAUACUUCCCCACUGUCAACGACAUCAAGAACCACAUCCACGAGGCCCAGAAGGCCCUGGGGCUGACCACUGCCACCGAGUGGACAGAAGACAGAACUGACCCUCUGAUGGAGACCGUCACGCUGACACUGACUCCUGCUGCUGAAGUUGUGGACGUCUCUUUGUCUCCUGACGCCGUUCAGCUCUUCACGUCUCUGUCCUCUCUGCAGCCGCGGAUCUUUGCUCAGCUGCAGGGGAUCGUGCCGCCGGCAGUCAGCACAGCCUCCCUUCUACAGACACCUGCAGAGAAACAGCUGCUUCUACAGAACGGAGAGAACAGCGGAGAGAGAGCAGAGAACAGCGGAGAGAAUGGAGAGAAUGGAGAGAACGGAGAGAACGGAGAGAGCGUCCUGCUGCAGAUUAUCAGCUCUCCUGCCAACACUGAGCACGCUCUGCUGGAUGUAAACGUGCUUCAGAUGGAAGAAGAGGAAGACGAGGAACAGAUGAAGAGGAGGAAAAACAGGUGAAGAAGAGGAGGAGGAACAGAUGAAGAUGGAGGACUCUGAGUUUAGAAUCCAAAAGGCUUCUACUAGUCCAUGUUAGGUGUAAUCUACAAAAUAAUCACAACUGGUCAAACCCAACAGCAACUAUUAUUAUAACUUUCUUUAUAAACACAUUUGCUCCAUAACUUGUUGCAGAAAAAUCUCCUGAAUGCAGAAUAUGAAGCCCCCCGAAUAUCUUUUGAGUUGUAGCAUGGCACAAGACAUUUGGGGACAUUUGAGGACAUUUGAGGACGUUAAUGUGAAGAGUUUAAUAUCAGGAGAAAAAACAUGUGAAUCUUGUUUAUGUACAGUUUUAAUAUUUGCACUAAGAGAUAGUUUUACUGUGUGUGUGUGUGUGUGUGUGUGUGUGUGUGUGUGUGUGCGUGUGUUUGUGCGUGUGUUUGUGUGUGUGUUUGUGUGUGUGUGUGUGUGCCCCUUACUAUUUUUUUCUAUUCUAUUAAAAGAAUAUCAGAAUGAUAAA